AUAACUACUUACACGGACCGCCGCGGUCAUUCCAUGGGACGCUGACGAGAAAGCGUUAGCCGUUUAUUUGAAGACGGAAAUCAAUUCUCUCGUGUUAUUAUUUCUUUACGGCAUCUAAAUUCGACUAUCUUCUCAUAACAGUCAUCGUUUCUCGCAUAGUAAGUUUGGAUCUUAGGCAGCUCAGUGUGUGUUAGGUGUCAAGAACAGAUUCGUCAUCAGUGGACAUUUAUACAAUGACUUGGUGCAGUUAACUACUCCUUUUCUGCUUCUCCAUUUCAUUGUCCUUCGUCGAUGGGCCCUUUCCUGCUCGGUCAUCUUUGUUCUCAUCGACUUCUUAUCUUUCGUCGUACCUUUUAGCUGUGAGUGAAGAAAGAAGAAGUUUCUGAAGUUUCUGAAGUCGAAGAUACGUGAAAAAAUAAUCUACCAAAAAUGAGCGUCAUAAUCAGACUACAAAAUCUAGCAUGGUCUGCCAACGCUUUGGACAUCCGCCAAUUUUUCAGAGGACUCAGUAUACCGGAAGGCGGAGUACAUAUUGUUGGCGGUGAAUUAGGAGACGCGUUUAUAGCGUUCAGCACGGACGAGGAUGCUCGGCAGGCGAUGAUGCAAGAUGGCGGUAAGAUCAAGGAAAUGAAAAUUAAGCUGUUGCUUAGUUCGCGCACGGAAAUGCAGAAAGUGAUAGAAGCGGCAAGACAACAAACGUUACAUCUUCAAUCGUUUAUACAGACAGCAGCACCAGUGGCAGUACCAACUCCUGUUGUUUCGGCUAAACCUGCUUCUCCGAACGAUAGAAGGGAGAAGGACAAUGACAGCGAAUCGAGCAAGGAUCGAAAGGAGAGACGUGAUAGAUCGAGAUCGAGAGAUAGGUCACGUUCUCGAGAUCGUGACAGGGAUCGGGAUAGACGCGAUAGGGAUAGGAAUCGUGAUCGCAGACGUCGAGACAGAAGCAGAUCACGUGACAGAGAACGCGAUCGUCGAGACAGACGGCGCCGUCGUGAACGCUCAAGAUCACGUGAUCGUACACGUUCUAGAGAUAGGGAUGUUAACAAGCGUAACUCGACAGGAGAACGUCGAAAGGAUGCAACCGACGACGAUAAUAACGACGUUGUUUGCGUAGGACAAUUUCACAAGGAUAAAUCCGCGUCUAGUGGCUCGGCGAAAAAACAGCCGAUUGUUGAAAAUGGAAUUUGGGAAGUACCGCCUCAAACGCAAAUGCAAGCGACUCUUUUAACGCCGGGCAUUUUAGGAGCGGGCGUGGCUGCAUUGUCACAAGAUAGCGAGCAACGAUCCAUGACCUUUGGUAAUUCCGUUCUAGGACAGCAGUCUUUGCUUCAGUCGAAUCAGUUCUCCUUGAACGGUUUGAACGGCGUCGGAAAUCUGAUGCAGCCUCAUGUUCAGACGUUAACUGGCCAUACGGUCGGUAUGAAUUCGCUUCCACAAAACUUGGCCAACGCGUCUUUGCCAAGCCUAAAUAGUGGUAUAGGUAAUUUAAAUCGGCCAAAAGAGCCUUGGGGUCAAAGCGAACAGGGCAGAAUGGAUCAAGUAAGAUUUCCAGGUAGAACGACCCAGUUUGGGCCACAGGAUGCUAGCAUGUAUGGCGCAAAUAAUGGUGCCAUCAACUGCAGACCCGGUUUGAGACCAAACAGCGCUUUCCUGAGCAAAGUACAGGAAUUAGAAGGUCGACGCAAUCCACAUGCUUUUCAAGCUGUAGCCGCGGCUGCUGCGUCGCAGUAUGGUAAUUUCGAAAAUGGUCCAGAUCGGCAAGCAUCCGGACGAAAUUCCGGCGGCUCCUCGAGAUUCUCGAACGAUAAUAAAUCUAGCUCUGGUGGUUAUUGCGUCGAGGUACGUAAUAUGCCACUGAACGCUACAUACACGGAUGUUCGUCAUGCUUUUCAAGGUAUCUUUAUCAGAAAAGAUGGUCUGAAACUGAUUAACGAUAAUCACGGUAAUCGGGUCGGUAUUGCAUAUGUCAAGUUCAGUAAAGCGGAAGGUAAGGAAUUAGCUCUGUCAACGCCAAGAUACGUCCGUGGUUCCGAAGUGGAGGUUCUUCAUUUGGACGAAAGUAUCUUCGAUAAAGCUGCUGAUUCUUACGCGCCGGAGAAGGAGGACGAGGCUGACGUUAGGGCAUCUACUUGCAUACUUCUGACGGAUCUACCGUCGUUCACCAAAGAGAUGGACAUAGCCAAAUUGUUCCACGACUGGAAGAUCAAUGAUCUUUUUAUUACGAAUAUCAAGGAAUCCGGGAGUACGCAUUACAUGGCUUAUGUGCAGUUCGCUAGAUUAGAAGACGCCAAAUCGUCUCUCGGUACUUCUUUGAAGAUAGGUAACAAACAAGUAACCGCAACAGCCAUUUCAGAAGAAAAGUUCGCACAAGCAAAAAGAGAGCAUGAAAACGGCAUGAGCCAGAUUACUACCUCAGAUUGUAUUAUCAUGCGUGGUUUGCCAUUCCAAUCGAUGGAUCGCGAUGUUCUCGAUUACUUUUCUGACAUCGGAAUUGUACCUCGUCGAAUACAUAUGAUAUUGAAUCAAAACGGUAAACCCACUGGGGAUUGUUUCUGCGAAUUCGAAACUACCGACGAAGCUCUAAGGGCGACGGCAAAGAAUGGAGUGCCUUUUGGUAAGAACAUACCGACGAUCGAGCUCAUAUCGCGAGCCCAAAUGUUGGAGACUCUCGAAAUGACCGAUCCUCAACUCAUAGAGGCUCAGCAACAGCAACAGCAACAGCAACAUUACCCACCACCACAGGACGCGCGGCCACGAUUCGCUGGACCUAUGCAAAAUCACAUGCCGCGUUUUGGUAACUCGGCAUUUGGUCCCAGGUGUCCUCCAGGUCUGAUGGGUAUACCGAGACAUAUGUUAGGUCGUCAUCCUGGUUCCAUGGAUUACGUCGAAGGUUUCGGUAAACCCGGUUGCGUUCUUUCCUUGGAAAAUGUACCAUUUAAAGCGGACAUUAAUGAAAUAAUUGACUUUUUCGGUGAUUUCGAUGUUAAACGCGAAAAUGUUAUAAGACGUUACAACGAAAGAGGUAUGCCUACGGGUGAUGCACGCGUAGCUUUUUCUUCUCCUAGUGAGGCCCAACGAGCGUUGAGAGAACUGAAGCAUUGCAAGAUGAGAGAUCGGACCAUAUACAUGAAGUUAGCGUGAGUGGAUGUUUCCGGUCGUGGCAACGACUCCAAGAGAUCGACUUUGCAAAGGAGAACGAAAUAAUUCAUUCGCAUCCUCGGCAAACUUAUCCCCACGACCGUACAGGUUUGGCUCUUCUUUGUUUGUCUUACGUCGAUCAUUGUCGUCGCGAAUUAAUGAAUUCCUCGCUCGAAAGCUCGAGCUUUAGGUACAUAAAUAUUUUUUACAAAAAUAAUAUAUAUCGUCCGUCAUAUUUUUUAUGGGAAUGAUACGAAGAUGGAGUAGGAGAAACGUUUUGUGCGUAUUGCCUUUUGUAAAUAGAGAGUAAACAUUUUUUAUAAUAUCGUUUCAUCUUUCUUCGACUCCAGCGAUCAUUGGCCGAUCGUACGACGACGUUGUUCCUCGUAUGACUUUCCAUUCAACGUACGUACAAGAUAUCAUAGUCUUUUUCUCCAACAAGCUACGUAACUAAUUAUUAAUCCUUACGAACGAGGGGAGCUUAGAAAAGACACGAUCGAUAGUUUCUAUGUUGGUGGUACUAGCUCCUUUAUUGCAUCUUAGGUCAUUAACUACCGUUGUGGUAUCUAUGUGUGUAUGCUUGUGAUUUGGAUCUAGGAAGGCGUUUCGAAUGCGUCACGUGGCAUCGAGAUCUAUAUUUGUUGUAAAAUAUCGUUUCGAUUGCGAAAGAUUCGAACAAACGACGUACUGCAAUUUCUUCGGUAUUAAACUCCAAACGUGAUAUAUUCUAUUACGAUACGACUUAAUUUACGAAGGUGUAAAUAGUCUGACUUACAUGUUCUCUUAUACUAAUUCGCGUCUUUCCAUAUUCGCGUGCGAAGAUUGGAUACGAUCAGUUAGUUUCGAGCUAUAUUCUAAUUAUCAGUAUCUUUAUGUUAUGUCGAAUAAUUUUUUUUUUUUUUUUUUCCCAUCAAGAAUACACAACGAUCUUCGUCUACAUUUUCGGCCGGUUAGCAGAAUAUAUUUUCAUAUAAAAAAUUAAGGAAAUUAAUAGGAGUCGAUAAGAGAAGUGAAUUUAUUGAAUCUUUUUUCCUUCAUCAAUUUUUUCAAACUCUAAACGAAAAGUUUAGUCGACAAUAUGGAUACUAUGUAUCGAUAAUGAAAAUAAUCAUUCGCGAUCAUUACAUAACUCUUGUCUUAAGUCGUCGAAAUAAAAGGCAACGAGACGCAUGAAUUUUAAGUACAAAUUGGGAUGCAAGCGAUAUAGUAAUUCUUUCAUUAAACCAAUAAUCGACCGUGCAAUCAAGUAUUGUCGAAGUAAGAAUAUUAAAAGAGAUGCGUACUGCAAUCGGUCACGCGUGUCGUCGUCGUUAAUUUUCUAUGGAUGAGUAUGUAUAUUACAUACAUUGCAUCCGCGUAUGUGUGUAUUACGUAUAUAUAUUUAAACAAACGUCGAAUUGUAUAUAUAAAUUCUAUAUAUAUAUGUGUAUAUAUAUAUCUAUAUAUACAUACAUGUGUAUAUGUAAUAUAUAUAUGUAUGUGAAUAUAUAUGUAAUGUGUGUAUAUAUAUAUGUAUAUAUAUAUGCAUAUAUAUAUAUGUAUAUGUAUGUAUAUAUGCUGUGUAUAUAUACACACAUACAUAUAUAUACAUACACAUAUACACACGCAAACACACAUAUACAUAUAUACAUACUCCUUUCUCCAGUUAGUUAUAAAACGUAAUAAUAAUUUAUAAAAAGCGAGUAUAACGAUAGAUUUAAGUCCAUUUUAUCAUUAUCCUCGUUAUAGAUUUGCGUUUAACAUAAGGACUUGAGAACUUCAAUAAAUUUCUAUUCAAAGUGAAUUUUCUUCACACGUUCAUUUUCUCCCAUCUUUCCCAUGAUUCUGAAAAUUUAUAGUUCUUUUUUCCUUGAGGACAAAAGAUGUCGCUGAUAAAGAAAAAAAAAAAGUUUGAUAAAUGAUUCAACGAUUUCGUAACCAAACCUUGAGGAAGGACGAAGACCAUGAUUAUCUGGCGAUGAAUCAUAAUUUUUCUUUAACUUUUUUUUUCUUAAUAGUAAUUACGUUCAGAUUCUAACAGAUAAAAAGAUAGACGGUUCAUGAUAAACCCACAGUAGAAAAUCGGCGCUGCCUAAAUAUUGAGUCAGGAGCUAUUUCUGUUAACUCAUAACAUGCAGAAACGCUAAAAAGAGGGGCAGCACUGUACUCCCUCACUAUACAGCAGCCACAUAUUGCAUAUAUACGAUAGCGUAUCGCGACUUUAGCAUAUUCGAGGACAAGUUGUUAGAGGUACGUUUACUUUAUCCAAGCCAGCCUAUGUACCGUGCAAAACUCUUGCGUUAGCCCAUUAGGGAUUACACGCUUUCCUUGGAAUCCAGGAAAUUGUAAUGGCGCAUAUACAAACCAUAUUACAAGCCACGUAUCAACUGAGCAUCACUUUGGAGAAUAUUAUUCUAUGUUAAAAAGAAUGUGAUGAUAUAUGAAAAAUGAAAUUCCUUUUAAAAAUGUAACUUUUAUUUGUUCCAGGAAGAUGAUUAUAUUGAAAUAUUAUUAUUAUUAUUAUCUUUUACCUUCUAUGUUUUAAAGACAUAUAAAAGAUAUGUUCCGUUAUAUUUCGCAAUUCUCCACAGACAUAUACAUAUAUACUAUACGAGGAUCAUACAGAUUUACCAUUUUAGGUAACGUCAUGGUAUAUCAUCCAUACCGACAUAUUACUAUCAUCAUCGCCCUGACCACACGGUUAAAUAUACAUAUAUGUAUACGCGUAUGGGCGUAUCAUCUUUUCAAUAUUGGUUUCGAGGUCUACGUAAUCAUGGACAAUUUAUACACGAUGUUUUUCGUGGUUACUUCAAAAAUUUCCAAUAAGCACUACAGUCGACAACGUUGGAUUUUAUUUUGGGAUGUUACAUCGCUUUUUGUAUAAACAAACGAUGAGAUUUUUCUGUAAAUAUGUACGUACGCUCGCACCGCGUUGUAUAAAAAAAAAAGAAAAAAGAAAA